AUGGGGUUGCUGAAAUUUAUCAUUCGCAAAAUAAAGGGUUCCCGCCAUAAGAAACAUACCAGUCACACAAAAAAAUCAUCGAAGAGCAACAAGACUAACACAAGCUAUCAGAGGGAAGCGCCGAAUGAUGGAUCUUCAAGAGGUCGUCCACAGGAUUCGCAACAUGCAAAAAGAACUCUGUUACCACAUAGAAGCGAACAUCGAAAUGAAAACUCCAGUCAGAAAAACCACGUACAUAAAACAUCCCAUUCGGUGGAGAGGCAAAUCACAUAUAUCGGAGAUUACAUCGAUGACUGGAAUAGCAAAAACCCUCCUCCCGACGGCAUUAAAAUCGAUAUAAUUGUUCUUGGAGGUCUGCUCGACAUGAAUCAGAAUUUGACAGAACCAAGAUCCGGCUCUCGAGUCAAAUUCAUCAGUAAUCCCGAGGAGCCCUGGGACGAACUCAGCUCAGAAAAGUUACAACGUGCGUGCAAGAAGUUAGAAUGGCACACACAUGACCGGUGGUAUCCUUAUACUUUGGAUUCAGGUGUCCGAAAGAGAAUGUUUGAAGUGACUGAUAACGAUAGAGCGGUCCACAAAUCGAAGAUGAAAGGCUUGAUUAUACGAAGACCUCCACCGGAUUAUCGGAUAUGCCAGCGCAUUGAUCGUCUUGGUGGUCGGGAGUCGAAUCCUCAGCUAUACGAUACCAAGUUGAGUGGAAUAGUGGAAGAUAUUGAAAGCUACAUCAAAGACAAUAAGAAAAAGUUGGAGGGUAUACGGUCCAGAUCGAAGAACACCGUCACACCGAGAGACUUGAUCGAAAAAUGGCAGAAAGAGUAUCAUUUCAAAUUUAGUAAUGUACUGCGAUGGCUAAAGGACAACAGAGUGGAACUAUCAAAACCGCGCGAACAUAACGGCACGAGAAUUCGUCAUGAAUCUCACAGAGUGAAUGGGCCACAUGAUUCUGCUGUUUUCCUUCCCACCGGUCAACGAGCUCCAUCUAAAUCAAGAGCAUACUCAUCAAAUUAUGGUUCUGAAAGUGAUACAUCUACAUCUACACGUCCGCGCCGAGUGAAUAAGCAACACGAUUCUGUUGUAUCACUUUCAGGCGCCGGUGAACGAGCUCCGUCUAAAUCACGUGCACGUAAACCAUCAGAUAAUAUGUCCGGCAGUGACACAUCUACACAUCCACGACGACGUACACCAAAUACUUCCCAGCCUCUUAUUCAACGUAAGCCUCAAACCAAGCCAAAUCGCGAUACUUUAGCAAAGGACGCUCUCCAUUCACGGCCAUUAAUAACGAUUAAUUCGCCAAGUGAGGGCAGAGGAAGGUCCCCUAGUAAAUCUCCAAACACAAAACCUCCUGGACGCUCGCCUCGUACUCCUCAAACGCCUGUAAAUAAAAACUACGUUCAUCAAAACCCAGUAAAACCACCUUUACCUCCGUCUUUAUAUCCGUCAGAUCAUGGCCGUCAAAAAUCUUCUGCGCGGCAUGGAUCUGGCGAUCGCGGAAGAAUGAUUCCGAAGAGAAGUCAUCCAGAGUUAUCACAUCCCAGUACUAGUCAAUCGCAAUCAUACUCUUACCCUUACGUAAAUAGCAAUGAAAUGAGGCCAAGGAAAAGUCAUCCAGAUUUAUUCAACAAUGAUUCUAAUCACUCUCACCAGCAACAACAUUUAAACUUACAACAACAUUCGCCAUACGUCAACAGGAAAGACGGAUUCCCAAGGCCGUCCAAUGAAGAUCCAUACGUACCAUCACCCUCAGAGCCAGAAGAUAUGUUAUGGAAAGAUCAUCGAACGCGCGAGCAAAUAGAAGAAAUACAUAGAGAAGAGUACAAGAGACUCAGAUCGGAGGGCGGCAUUAGCUGA